AUGCCUCCGAUGUCAGAUUCACAAUCCUUGCCACAUGACUCUCAACAUAAUCUCUCUAAUUUGGAAACUCUUAUUCUGGUUUCAGAGUUCAGCUCUCUUCCAUUUCCAGACAUUUUCUACAAUCUUCGAAAAUUGAAAUAUUUGGAUAUACGGUGUCGUCGUUAUGGUGGUUUCCUGCCCAUCGAAAAUAUUGAUAAUUCGUCCAUUCUACAUGAGUUGGAGAUGAAGCAUCUUUCAAAGGCUAAUCAGAAUUUUCCAAGCAUCCUUAAGUUGGAAUGCCAAUUUCUCCUUGAUAAUAACAAUCACAUGAUUGUGGUUGAUGCCUCUUUCAGCAAAUUGGAAUCACUUGAUGUGUCAGCUCCCUGUACGUGUGAGUGUGACUUCAGUUUGUCUGCUAGUCUGAAAAACUUAAAGUCGUGGAAUUUGAUAUUGUUGAAGAGGACUGUUUCAGCCCUUGGUAAACUACCAAACCUUCAGAUCCUCAAGUUAGUUGAAGUCGGAUUCGAAGGGAAAACAUGGGAAAUGGAUGAAGGGGAGUUCUCCAAUCUUAAAAUAUUGAAAUUACGUUCAAUAUGGAACCUUGUCUGGUGGAGAGGUUGCGACGAUGAUCAAUUUCAAUGUUUGGAGAAGCUGGUACUCGUCGAUUAUCAUGUCUUGAGAGAGUUGCCUUCUUGUCUAUUCAACAAUUCAACACUUGAAGUGAUUCAUAUUUUUUCUUGCUCUGAAAUUGUAAAGGAGACGAUGUUGAAGUCUCUUUCAUCUGUAUAUUUGGAAAGACUGAGAUUGAUAGGUUUUGAGUUGUCUCACAAGAAUAUUGCAGACAUUGGAAUGUUGCCAAACCUGGAAAUGCUCGAACUUAUCAACAUGUCCUUUGAGGGUAACACAUGGGAACUGCAAGAAGGGGAAUUCAGCAGACUUAAAAUCUUGAAGGUGAUGUCUAGCGACCUUGUCAGCUGGAGAUCACCUAGCGACAGUGAUGAUCCGUUUGGCUCUCUUGAGAGGUUGGUAUUGACCAGUUGUUUGGAUUUGGAAGAGAUGCCUUCUUGUUUAGAGUAUCUUUCAACACUUGAAAUGACUGAGGCUAAUGAUUGUUCUGAGACUGUAAAUACAUUGCCAAACAGCAUUGCUGAGGCAGAAGUUGGUGUUGUUCUCUAUGAUGUUGGAGUCUUAUUUGGCUCACCGGUCUACUUGUCAAAUCAUCAACGAGACCUUCCAUUUCUUGGGAAUGUGUCAAAAUCAGUGAAGAUUAUCCAGGCUAAAUAUGGAGAUGAAGAUCCAGAAGCACCCGGAUUCAACUUUCCGAUCAUUAAUCAGCUGUGUUACUUUGAUUUUGUUGUCGAAAAACUCACUCAGGUGUCUGCUACCCAAGUAGCACGAAACGUCAAGAGUCGUCUUAUUCAGUCUGUCCAACAACAACACCAUCCCUUAAGAUCCUUCUUGGGGGACAUUGUCCAGCCUCGCCAUGAACAUGAGGACCUCCAAACUCUUGUGGGAUGA